AUGCCCAACAAAGUUUUCCUCGCCGCGCUGGCGGCCGACGUUGUCUUCCUCAUCACCGGCUGCCUCGAGCUUGGCUUCUCCCUCGUCGUCCGCAGCCAGCUCUUCAACAAUCCCCAGGACGGCCAGGAAGCCGUCCGUAAUCUUCUCUACCAGAGUUUCCCGCUCAUCGCCGGCAUCGUCAACGCCAGCUUCAUCCUGGCCGCCUCCGUCUUCACCCUCAUCGGCCUCAUGUCCCCCAUGAGGGGCUUUCUCAAGGCCGGCGGCUACACAGUCGCCUUUUGCGGCCUCUUCACCCUCUGCGUCGGCGUCUUCCUCUGGGUCAGCACCCUCAAGAUCAAGGAAACCUUUUUCCCCGUCUACGUGGCCCAGGAUCCGACCGUCCAGCAGCUCAUACAGACGUCGUUUACCUGCUGUGGCUACUUCAACCACACCACGCCGGCCUUUGUCACCGACGCCAUCUGUCCCAGUCCCGCUGCCGCCGCCCUCCUCCGCGGGUGCGGAACCGCCAUCUCCAACUUCUCCAACAUCUUCAUCGACAACAUCUUCACUGCCGUCUUUGGCAUGGUCGGCAUGGACGCCAUCCUCAUUCUCGCCAUCGCCUGCCUCCUCAAGGACCGCAAAGAGCGCGAGCGAUACCGCCACAUCGAUGAGAAGACUGGCUUCCGCCACUUCUAG